AUGGCCUCAAAUUCCGGGGACAGUCCCACUCUCCGAUCGCGAGUGAUAACUACGCGCCGAGACUCCGAAGUCCAGCUCAAUUUUGAGCCCAAACGAGAUACAUAUGGAUUUACUGUGAGACCUCAACAUAUUCAUAGAUAUCGCGAGUACGCCAGUAUCUAUAAGGAGGAAGAAGAAGAGAGACUGCAAAAGUGGACGAGUUUUCUUGAGCAGCACGCGAAAUUUACUAAUGAAUGUCUUUCUACUGAAGGGGAAAAUGUUAGACCUGUGGUUUCCGAGCUUACCGAGCAGCCAACUGGUUAUUCUCAAACAGUAAAUGGAGAAAAGAAGGAUGAUUCAACUCAUGAAAAAACGGAGGAUCCUGAAGUGGCAGCUACGAUUACCAAGCCAGUUGAAAAAGUGAAUGAUGACCCUGAAGGGGCAGCUACUAAAACCGAGCCAGUUAAAAAGGUGAAUGAUGAUACAGGUGAAAAGAGGUCAGUUCCCGAUACCCAGGAGGCCAAGGAAGCGGGAACAAUCAAGCAUGGAAAAUUCCGUGAGGUGCAGACAUGGGCUAAAAUUAGUCCAUCUUUGAAUGCCAUUGAGCAUAUGAUGAGUUUGUGUAUAAAGAAGAGAAAUAAUGUGGCUGCGGAGACAAAAUCUACUCGAAAUCAUCUUCCAUCGAUUGAUGAGGGGCCAUCGGGAGAAGAAUCCGAAGAUAAUGAGAAGGAUGUAUCCAAUGACAAUGAGAUGGCUGAUAAUGCAGGUAUUCCUGCAAUGGAAAGUAGUGAUGCUGAUGGAAUGUCUCCAGAAAAAUUUUUACCUUGGAAGGAAGAACUGGAGUUUCUUGUUCGAGGAGGAGUGCCAAAGGAUCUUAGAGGAGAGGUGUGGCAAGCCUUUGUUGGUGUUAGAACUCGUUGGGUGGAAAGCUAUUACCAGGAUUUGCUGGAUACAGAUAGUGGCUCUAGUGAUGGAAAAGAGCAUGAUAAAAUGUCAUCGGGAGAUAAUAGGACGCAACCCAGCUGGAAGAAAUAUGAUGUUCCAGAAAAGUGGAAAAAGCAGAUUGAGAAGGACUUGCCACGAACAUUUCCAGGGCAUCCAGCAUUAAACGACAAUGGCAGAAAUUCACUAAGGCGUGUACUUUUGGCAUAUGCGCGGCAUAACCCCUCCGUUGGGUAUUGCCAGGCAAUGAAUUUCUUUGCUGGCUUGCUACUGUUGAUGAUGCCUGAGGAAAAUGCAUUUUGGACAUUGGUGGGCAUUAUGGAUGACUAUUUUGAAGGCUAUUUCUCACAAGAAAUGACAGAAUCCCAGGUUGAUCAGCUUGUUUUUGAGGACUUGAUGCGUGAAAGGUUUCCAAAACUUGUGAAUCAUCUUGAUUACUUGGGAGUGGAGGUGGCAUGGAUUUCUGGUCCUUGGUUCCUUUCGAUAUUUGUAAAUAUACUUCCAUGGGAAAGCGUUCUUCGAUUAUGGGAUGUGCUCUUAUUUGAAGGAAACCGUGUCAUGCUCUUCCGAAGUGCACUUGCUUUGAUGGAUUUAUAUGGACCUGCUGUAGUUACAACUAAGGAUGCUGGAGAUGCUAUAACCUUAUUUCAAACACUCACCGGCUCCACAUUUGACAGCAGCCAACUUGUCUUGACUGCCUGCAUUGGUUUCUUGACCAUAAAUGAAGAUCGCCUGCAAGAACUUAGAGAGAAGCAUAGACCGGCUGUACUCACAGCAGCUGAGGAAAGAGAUAAAGGCGGUCGAGCUUCCAAAGAUCCAAAGGGUCUUGCAACUAAGCUAUACAGUUUCAAGCACAAUCGAUCAAUGGUAAUAGAAAAAAAUACUGAAGCAGAAUUAGGUGAUAAGAAAGAUCCCAGAGAAAGAUUUGACGCAGAUUAUCAUGCUGCCGACGUAGAAGAAUUUCUAAAAGGCAUGACCAUCGAUUCUGAAGUAGAUUCUCUUCCAGAUCUUCAGGAACAAGUAGUUUGGUUGAAGGUUGAGCUGUGUAGGUUGCUGGAGGAGAAGAGAUCUGCUAUGCUCAGGGCUGAAGAAUUAGAAGCUGCGCUGAUGGAAAUGGUUGAAAAGGAUAACCGAAGGGAACUGAGUGCAAUGGUUGAACAGUUGGAGCAAGAAGUUGCUGAACUACGGCAGGCUCUGGCUGAUAAGAAAGAAGAGGAGAAAGCCCUUGUUCAGGUUUUGAUGAAAGUUGAGCAAGAACAGAGGAUAAUUGAAGAUGCUCGGCGUUUUGCAGAGCAAGAGGCUGCUGCUCAGAGACAUGCAGUGCAUGUUCUUCAGGAAAAGUAUGACAAAGCCAUGGCAGAUCUUGCUCAGAUGGAAAAACGGGCUGUUAUGGCCGAAUCAAUGUUGGAAGCAACACUACAGUAUGAAUCCGGUCAGAGUAAAGCCUUAUCUUCCCCAAGGGUUGGACGUGUAGAUUCCCCAAAGGAUACAACAAAGAGGACAGGUCUACUCUCGUUUGGCCUGGGCUGGCGAGAUCGGAACAAGGGAAAAUCAAGUAACGACGUGGCAGCCACCGUUGAUAGCAGACUCAAAAAUGAAGGAUCAAAUACGAGCAAUACAAAUGGUGACACAGAUGGCCAUCAACAAUAG